AUAGACGGGCAAAUCAAGACCAAACACAACACUUGUAUUCUCAUCUUACGGGUGGAGACAAACACACAAUAAAAAAAAAGUAAGCAUGAGAGGGUAUUUAAUGUGAAACUUGAAACUUAGAAGGAUAAUCUUGCCAAAUAGUAAAAAAAAAAAAAAAAAAAAAAGAAAAAAAAAUUCUGGAUUCAAGCCAGAGUGGUGGUUUUGUCUCCUCUCAACAUCUCGAUCUUCAUCUUCUUCAUCUUGAUCCAUCCCUACACUUUGUCGCAACAAACUUUGGGAUCAAUCAAUGUCAGGCGCCAUUGUGAUCGGAGCAUCAGGCUCAUGGGCCAGAGCAAUGCUCAAGAUCUCCCCUUACACCUUCUCCGCCAUCGGAAUCGCCGUUGCUAUCGGCGUCUCAGUCUUAGGCGCCGCCUGGGGGAUUUAUAUUACAGGAAGUAGUUUGAUCGGUGCCGCAAUCAAAGCGCCUCGUAUUACAUCCAAGAAUUUGAUUAGCGUCAUAUUCUGUGAAGCCGUUGCUAUAUACGGUGUUAUCGUCGCCAUUAUUCUACAAACAAAGUUGGAAAGCGUUCCAUCUUCACAAAUAUACGCACCGGAGUCUCUUAGAGCAGGAUAUGCAAUAUUUGCAUCUGGACUCAUUGUCGGCUUUGCAAAUCUUGUAUGCGGGUUGUGUGUGGGAAUAAUUGGGAGUAGCUGCGCGCUAUCCGAUGCCCAAAACUCUACGCUCUUUGUGAAAAUUCUCGUGAUUGAGAUCUUCGGUAGUGCACUCGGGUUGUUUGGUGUGAUUGUUGGAAUAAUUAUGUCGGCUCAAGCUACCUGGCCAUCAAAAGUUUAGUUUUGCCUUCUUGUAGAAGUUGAAGAACACAAAAUCCUCGAGUAAAUGUGUGUUUGCCCGUUUUUCUUCAUUUUUGAUGCGUGUUAGCCAAUAAAGAUCUGUUCCGUGUUACAAUCGCUUGUAGAAUCAUUGUGUCCGUGUAGAGGACAUCUCAAUAAGACAUUUUUUUGUCGAUGUUUCGAAUGGAACUUGAAAGAGACAAAUCAGACAAGCCAUGUUUUUAUAUAUACAAGUGACUGAGUUGUGAGUUUUGUUGACACCGUCGUAGAUGAACUUGUCGAUUCUUGUGAUUAUUUAAUGACUACAUAAGUUAUCGUG